AUGAAGAAAAACAAUAGAAACUGGAAGAUUUUAGAAUCGUUGAAACGAAGAGAACCAUCUCAGGUUCGCGACGAAUUCCAUCAGAUUUUUGAACAGGAACCAACUCAUUCAAUCGAAACCAUUUGCAAUGCUGCCGUUGAAGAAAUCAACAAUUGCUUAAGCCCUUGUCCUCAACCAUCCUUUAGUAGAUUAACGACAACAUUAGAAAAUGAUUCUCUCUCUGUUUUUGACGAGCUUGGACCGUCACCCACAAAAUUAUUGACAUUGGAAAAUGUGUCACUUAUUGAUUUAAAUGAUGAUUUGUAUUUAUCACAUUCGAGCAAUGGUGGCGAGCCUGCGCCAGAUGAAUGUAUAUUGUCAUCAAGUGAUUUUUCAAUUUCAGAAACAAGAAAUAAUGUUCAAAUAAAUGACAUUAUGACCCAAAACAUUCCUCAUUCUAGUAAUACUCUUGAUACAAACAUAGAAACGAAUACUACCGAUAUUGCUGGGGUUCAGUCUGUCAUACCUGGUCUUCAAAAUCGGAAACGCCAGCGCCGAGGUCAAGCGGAGCCCGAGAAAUGGAAGAAGAAUUUGAGAAAAAACAGAAGACAAAAAGGUGAACCUUACCUCUCCAGUAAAGGUGUAUUAAAACCAGGAAAAUUAUUGGGUGAAUCGAAGUGUAUGGGGACGUGUCGAGAAAAAUACGGGGAAAACACGUGCCUCAUAAUAAAAAGUCUGAAGAUACCAGGCAGUUCAUACGAGAUCAUAUUAAAUCAUUUCCCCGAAUGCCAGCACACUAUUCCCGAAAAGAUACAAAAAAAGAGUUCAUAG